CGCGAGAGUUCCGCGAGGGAAACCCAAGCCGCAUGCUCCGCAGCUAUGAAGCAGCGCACACAGUUCUGGAGAUGACGUACCGCCAUCUUCAAUUUCUUCCUGUGGUUCUGUGCCUGCUACUGCUGGCAACCUUCCUGAUAACCUAUGCAAUUGCUGCAGGGACAGGUCACGUAGAUCCAGGAUUUCCAUACAUCUCUUACAGCGGUAAUGUGCCGCCUGAAAGCUGCAUCUUUGGCCAGCUCCUAAAUAUCUCUGCUUGCUUAGAACUUCUAUGUGUCUAUAUUAGAUAUAGACAGGUGACAGAGACUGAGGCAGAUAAAGAUGAGCUGAACUUUGUUUCAGCAAUAAUUGGUAGUCUAGCAUGUCUGGGACUAGACUUAGUGGCCAAUUUCCAGGAAAGAAGUGUAUUUGUUGUGCACUUGGUUGGUGCUGGUGUUUGUUUUUUUGGUGGAACAGUUUACUUUGUGAUGCAGACAAUAAUAACACGACGCAUGAAACAACAGAAACUAUUUUAUGUGCGUCUUUUAUUGUCAUUAAUAUGCUGUUGCUGCUGCUUCUCCACAGUAAUACCAGGGGGCAUUGCCAUGUUUACAUUUGAUGGAGAAGAUCCAAUGAAAUGGAAACCCACUGAUCGUGGAUAUGUAACACACCUAGUAAGUGCUAUAUCUGAAUGGGUUGUUUCUGUCAGCUUCUGCCUGUUUAUUCUCACGUUUUAUAGUGAGUUUAAGGAAAUCUCUAUCGAAUCACCAGUAUUCAGGAAAAGCCCACCUGAUGCCAGCACAACUGAUAUUCAAUUAUGAUCAAAUUUUGGGUGAGUUCUUUGACAUUAAUAGGCCCACCAGAUGACAGCACAGUUGAUAUUAAGUUAUAAAGUUUUGGAUCAGUUGUGUGACAUGGAACAGUUAAUACUCAAAUCCACUGAAGCAAGUAUGUGGUUCAGUCUCAGACAUACAAAAUGUAAGGUUCAUGUAUGGCAACAUGAUUCAGUCUGUUUUCUUCCUAAAUGCUGUACAUUUAUGACAUGCCUUCCAGUGUAACAAAACUUUCAGAAUAAAAACAUUGUUUUAUUUUGUA